AUGAAGGCACCUCUGGUCCCAGUGGCCCUCUUGGCCACCCUGUCCGCCGCUGCGCCAGGCAACUACUACAUCGACUGCAGCGCGCCUACGGCGGGCAACGGUACCCUCGAGGGCCCGUGGAACUCGCUCGACGCGGCCAACAAGUUCACGUUUCGGCCCGGAGACACCCUCGCGUUAAAGUCCAAUGUGACGUGCGCCGGCACGCUGAGUCCGCUCGGCAGCGGCAACUCGACCGACCCCAUCCGCCUCACGUCUUACCCGGCGGACUCGAUCCUGGGCCCGCCCGUCGUCGACGGCAACGGAGCCAACUCGUCGCUGCUGCUCACCAACCAGGACUACUGGCGCAUCUCGAAGCUGGCCUUUACGAACCCCGCCGCGAGCCUCGGGCGGCGGCAGGGGAUCCUGAUCAUGGCCGAUGACGGCAAGGCACAUUUCGGCAUAACCAUCGACCACAACCACGUGUUCGAUGUGGCCGGCCAGACAAACAAGGCAAACUUCAGUGCCGACUUUGCAAACUCGGCCGGCAUCGAGCUGGGGGCGCUCAACGGCAGCACGUACGUCGAUGUCUGGGUCCGGGACAAUGUCGUCAACGACUGCGGCGGCGGCGGCAUCAAGGUGCGGCCGGGGCAGAUGGACGUCAACGGCAAGAACAUCCGCGUGUCGCACAACUCCAUCGACGCCUGCGGCGGCGACGGGAUCCUCAUUUCGUACGCCGACUCACCCAGCAUCGACCACAACGUGGCGUCCAACCUCGGCAAGGGAAAGUACCCAUGGACUGGGGGAAACUUUGCCGGGAUGUGGGUUAUGGCCUCGCACAACCCCGUCAUGCGUCACAACGUGGUGUACGGCAGCAUCAUGAGCCUAUAUGAUAGCCAGGCCUUUGACUGCGACUGGGGCGUGUCGGGGACGUGCCUGGUCGAGUACAACUACAGUCACGACAACGCAGGCGGGGCAUUCCUCGACUGCGACGGGUGCGGCAUCUCCCGCGGGACCAAGCAAAUCGUGCGCUACAACAUCUUCGAGAACGACUGCCGCAUGAUUAGCGUCAGCGAGCACUCGUCGCUCGAGUUUUACAACAACAUCAUGUACUGCACCGAAAAGGACUUUAACAUUCACGUCCCUCAGACCACGCGCUUCGCCAACAACAUCUUUGUCGGGCGGAGCAACGCCUCCCUGCCCGCCGCGAGCGGCAUCACCUGGGACAACAACAUCUUUGAGACGGUGACGCCGCCGACGGAGAACGGCCUCGUGGGCGACCCCAAGUUCCUGAAGCCCGGGGUGGCGGGCAAGACGCUGGGCGCGGGCUUCGGCUAUCGCCUGCGCGAGGGCUCCCUGGCGUUGGGCACCGGAAAGGUCAUUGAGAACAGCGGGGGCUUUGACUAUUUUGGCAAUGCUGUCGAGGCAAACUACGGAUACCCGCUGUAUGCGCUGGGCGAGUUCUUGCAGCCCCUCGGCAAAGAUGUCAAGACGAACCACUUCUAUCACCAGGCGAAGCUCGCCGAGCCGGGUGCAAUUGCGGUAGUCAGGCCAAACGUCGACACCGUCUAUUCGGAGCUCUUCAUCGACUUGUCCACGUCUGACCUCGUGCUUACCGUUCCCGAGUUUGAUGGCCGAUACUGGUCGCAGGCGUUUUUCGACCUAUAUGCAAACAACAUCGGCAACAUUGGAAACCUCGGCAAGGACAAGCCCGGCAAGUACUUGGUGCGGUACACCCCAGACAACGCCGGGGUGCAGUACAAAGGAGUGGAGGGAGGGUUCAAGGCGUACAUCAACGUUCCCACCCCCUACGCCAUCUCCAGUACGAGGAUCCUGGUGCAGAGCGCCAAAGGGGACAUUGACAAGGUUCAUGGAUUCCAGAAGCGGCUGCUGGUUACUGAGCGACCGCGAUUCGACACCUCGACCGUCCCCCGGUUCAACCUGAGCUUGUUCUGGGAUCCAGCUCACCGCCCUGGGCCCAAGACUUCCGUGGAGGUUGCAAUCCUAAGACUGACAGCGGCCCUUUGCGGACACAAUCAGCCGUACCUCCCCCAAGACAGGACUUGGGUCGCGGGCCUUUUGAAGAAUGCAGGCAUCGCCGGCGGGCGCUUCACGCAGCCGCAAGGAACCAACUUGACAAAGGCCACGGCCGCAGCCAACGCCUCGGUUGCUGCCCUGCGCGCCACGCCGGGCUUCGUCGAGAAUCUGGGCAACAACUGGACUUUGAACCAGCCAAUGGGCCUAUACGGCUCAUACUACCAGGCGCGGUACUUUAUCGCUGCGCGCGGGUAUCUCGCCAUCACCAAGGAACAGGUCCUGUAUCCGGCCACGCCCACGCUGGAGCUCGGGGCCAACCAGUCGUACAUCAUCAGGUUCUCCCGCCGGCCCAAGACCGCCGACGGUGGCUUCUGGAGCUUGACUGUGUAUGGACCGGAUCAGUUCCUGGUGCCUAACCCGCUCAAGCGCUACGCCCUGGGUGACCGGAGCAACCUCACGUUUCCGGAUGGCCGUCCGCUGUCCAAGGGUGCGGACGGCCCGUUCGACAUUCUUGUUCAGCCGAGCGAUGUGAAGCCGCCGUCAAACUGGACUAGCAAUUGGCUGCCCGUUAACGCUGGUGGUGGCCAGUUUUCAAUCAAUCUGCGCUUUUACGGAGCUACCGAUGAGCUUGCCGAUGGCUCGUAUACAUACCCCAAAUUCAUCCUUGGGGGGUCCGUACGCGGGUGA